UUUUUGUUUUUUUCUCCUAGUGGACGCAGGACGUAAACACAACAAAAAAACCAAUAGAAUUCUACUCCGGCUGCUGAUUGGUCCAGAGACAUAGAAUCAGAUGACGUAGUAGUUCCGGUUUCUCGUCGUCCCCCUCCCUCCUCAGUAAAGGUAACUCUCGGUCAUUCCUGACUACAGACACGACUGACCCGGUUUCUUCCUCCGCUGAAGGUGUAACAUUCGUGGGGAGUGGACCAAAUAUUUCCAAGUUGCAGUUGUGGGAUUCUUAAAAUUGUUUACUGUGGGGGGCUUUUCUCCUUCUGAGGCUUCAAACUUCUUUGUGACCAGCACGCCAUUCAAAACCAGCCUGACAACCAGGGCUACCUAGUUUACUUCCACACGUACUCUUCCAGAGAACAGUAUGGGUCUCCAGUCAGACUCUGCCCUCCAAACGAUCCUCCUGUUUCCAAUCCACCUUCUGGUAUGGCUGUACUCCGUCCUGUCCUUGCUUCCCUGGUACUACAUCACCGGGGCCGGGGAAAAGAAAGCUCUGUCAAAGCGGAUAAAGGCCCGUUCCACUACAGGCUGUGCAGAGGGGCCUUACCGCUCCGUGGACCACUUCGAUUCCUUAGCCAGGGAAGACCUCCCGGGCAAGGACACGCUGGAUAAGCUGUUCGAGCAUGCUGUGCAGCGCUUCGGACAAGCAGAUUGUCUCGGCACCAGAGACGUACUGAGUGAAGAAAAUGAAAUUCAACCCAGCGGCAAAGUAUUUAAAAAGCUGAUCCUGGGGGAGUAUAGAUGGCUCUCCUACAACGACGUUGACUCGAUAGUCAGUCAGUUUGGCAGUGGACUGGCAGCUCUGGGACAGCAGCCCAAAAGCAGUAUUGCAAUCUUUUGUGAAACCAGAGCAGAGUGGAUGAUCACAGCCCAGGCAUGCUUCAGGUGUAACUUCCCAUUGGUGACAUUCUAUGCCACCCUGGGAGAGGACGCCAUUGCAUUUGGACUGAAUGAGACUGGAGUGACGCAUCUAGUCACCAGCGUGGAGCUGCUCGAGACCAAACUGAAAAAUGUGCUUCCACAGAUCCCCAAACUGAAGCACGUGAUCUACGUGGACAAGAAGAAAAUGAGCACACAAGGUUACCCAGCAGGACUGUCCACCCACAGCAUGCAGGCUGUGCAAGAGCUGGGAGCGCUGCCUGAGAAUAUGGGGAGGCCGAUUGUGAAGCCCCAGCCCUCUGAUCUGGCUGUGGUGAUGUACACCAGCGGCUCCACAGGCAGACCAAAAGGAGUCAUGAUCGUCCACAGUAACCUGAUUGCGGGAAUGACAGGCCAGUGUGAACGCAUCCCUGGACUUGGGCCUAAUGAUACCUAUAUAGCCUAUCUGCCCCUGGCUCAUGUCCUGGAAAUGACAGCUGAAAUCUCCAGCGUCACAUAUGGCUGUCGGAUCGGCUACUCAUCACCCCAGACACUGUCGGAUCAGUCCACUAAGAUAAAGAGGGGAAGUAAAGGAGACUCCUCUGUGCUUAGACCCACCCUGAUGGCAGCUGUGCCAGAAAUUAUGGACCGUAUCAACAAGAAUGUGAUGAGCAAAGUGCAGGAAAUGAAUGUCAUUCAGAAGACGCUGUUUACGCUGGGCUACAAAUAUAAACUAGAGCAGAUCAAGAGGGGCUAUGACGCACCACUCUGCAAUGCACUGUUGUUCCGGAAAGUGAAGAAACUCCUGGGGGGACGGGUGAGGAUGAUGUUGUCUGGAGGAGCCCCCCUGUCCUCGGCCACGCAGAGAUUCAUGAAUGUAUGUUUCUGUUGUCCAGUGGGUCAGGGCUACGGCCUCACGGAAACCUGUGGAGCAGGCACCAUCACAGAGGUUGUGGACAUCAGCACUGGUCGUGUCGGAGCUCCUCUCAUUUGCUGCGAGAUCAGACUCAGGGACUGGGCUGAAGGUGGCUACACCAGCAGAGACAAGCCAAACCCAAGAGGGGAGAUCCUGAUUGGCGGCCCCAAUGUAACCAUGGGUUACUACAGGCAGGAAGGCCACGACCAGGACUUUUUCGUGGAUGAGAAAGAUCAGAGAUGGUUCUGCACCGGAGACGUAGGAGAGGUUUACCCGGACGGCUGUCUUCAAAUAGUGGAUCGCAAAAAAGACUUGGUGAAGCUGCAGGCCGGGGAGUACGUGUCUCUGGGUAAAGUCGAGUGUGCGCUGAAAAACUGCUCAAUCAUAGACAACAUCUGUGCUUAUGCAAACAGUGAACAGAACUACGUGAUCAGCUUAGUGGUUCCUAACCAGAAAAGGAUGACAGAUCUGGCCAAACGGAGAGGCAUAGCGGGAGCAUGGGAGGAGAUCUGCACCCAUCCGGACAUGGAAAGAGAGGUCCUGAAGGAGAUCAAGGAGGUUGCUGCUAACAUUAAACUCCAGCGAUUUGAGAUUCCAGUGAAGGUACAUCUGAGUCCAGAGCCGUGGACCCCCGAGACGGGCCUAGUCACAGAUGCGUUCAAGCUGAAGAGGAAAGAGCUGAAGAACCACUAUAUCCACCACAUAGAGAGAAUGUACGGGGGCAAAUAACUUCACUGUCACCCAAGCGUCUCCAUUGUAACCAUAACCACUGUAAAUAAUCCUCCCGGUGGUACCCAGUUGGAUUUGAAUGCUGUUUGUGUCCCACAAAUGAAAAUGUCUUGAACAGAGAAGUCUUGAACAGAGAAGUCGAAGCUGUACAUAGUUGUAGCUGUUGAUCCAUGUGUCUUGCUUUCUAUUUAUUUGUGUAGGAGUUUUGAUUCUCAGCGAGAACGCACUUAAAUGAACUCUUAUUCCAUGUAAAAGGUCUGAGACCAUUACAGCACAUAACUGCCAUCCACUUAAAUCUGCUGGCCCUCAGUUUGUAUCUGAUAAAAACAACCACUGUACCCCAUAUGUUGCUGAUGCUUUAUUGUUACUCCAAUUGAAAAUAUUACUGUCAUCAUCAGGGAGGCUUUUAUUGCUCUUUUGUACAUUUGGAGUACUAAUUUUACUGUGCCUUUUGUUCUGCAGUUCCUGAGUAGUCAAGCAGAAGUAAGUGGCAUCUAGUUCAAAACAAAUAAUUUCCACUUUUGACAAAAUAAAAUGCUUUACUGCCAUGUUGUUUUAGUUGAGGAAAAUGUUUCCC